UAUCACUGACAUAUAGAGGAGGAAGGCAACAAAAGUGGAUCAAAUUGGAAAGAGCCACUAUGACUGCAGAUAGAUUAGAUCUCAGUGAUAUGUCUAGCAAUGGUAGAGUAACAGAAGGGAAAAUCAGCCAUUCUACAUUGGAUCAUUCGAGGAUGCUUCAAGGUGCAGAAUCAGCCUCUUGGGAGAUAAUGCUGUGAAGGCCCUGAGCAGCAAGGCGGCACACAGUCGAACCAAAGCCAGCAAGCUACAGCACAGGGUGGAGGCCUUGAACAGAUUCAAACGAGUGCAGAAAAAAAGACACCAUGAGGACAUCAAGGAAAGGAAGCGUGGAAAUGCCUGCUUUUGUAAGGCAACUGGUGAAGGAGACAGAGAAAAGGGUCACCUCCUUUUUUAAAGGGGGGCGAGGGGGAGGUGCAGGGGAGCUGUCUGAAGGCGAAGAGGGAGGAGAAGAAGAAGGGGUCAUCCCUAGCCCCUACUUGGACCGACCGGUUCUGGACAAGCACAUGCAAGAGGGCUGUGCCUCCUGGGGACUUACCUACGCCCUGGCCAGCAUGCAGGGUUGGAGGGCCCACAUGGAAGAUUUCCACAACUGCUUCCCUCAGCUGGGAGGGGAACUGGCCCACUGGGGGUUCUUCGCUGUGUAUGAUGGGCAUGCAGGGAGUGUGGUGGCCCAACACUGCUCCCAAAACCUGCUGGACCACAUUCUGGGCACAGGUAAAAUCCGAGCAGGUGAGGAUGUACAAAGGGUCACUGAGGGCAUCAAGGAGGGCUUCUUUCUCAUGGACAAACACCUUCAUGCCAUGGCCUGCCGUGAGGGUUGGGAACGUGGAGGGACAACUGUCGUUGCCACCGCUAUCACUCCACACCACAUCUACUUUGUGAACUGCGGGGACUCUCGGGCGGUCUUGUGCCGUGCGGGGCGGAUGGCCUUCUCGACGGAAGACCACAAGCCCUUCAGCCCUGGCGAGAGAGAGAGGAUAGAGAAUGCUGGAGGAUCGGUGACUGUGCAGCGCGUGAAUGGCUCGCUGGCAGUCUCCCGGGCGUUGGGGGACUUCAGUUACAAGACAGCUGAGUGGCGGCCAGUCACAGAACAGAUGGUAUCGCCAGAGCCGGAAGUGUCUGCUGUGGAGCGCUCGCCAGCAGAUGAGUUUUUGGUUCUGGCCUGCGAUGGUGUGUGGGACACUGUCACUAAUGAAGAGCUCUGUGCCUUCAUACACAGCCGACUUCGAGUCUGCACAGACCUGAGAGAGGUCUGCUCCCAGGUCAUUGACCUUUGCCUCUAUAAGGGGAGCCUUGAUAACAUCAGCAUCAUUCUAGUCUGUUUCCCUGGCGCACCCCAGCUGUCACCUGAAGCACUGCACCAGGAGGCUGAGCUGGAGGACUUUCUAGAGUCCAGAGUAGCUGAGAUAUUUGAGGAGCUGAGCGCAAGAGGUGAUGAGCCUGAUCUGCUGUCAGUUCUGACAGUACUGGCUUCCACAGUGAUUCCUGGACUUCCACCAGGGGGCGGCCUUCAGAGCAAACGGAACUGCAUCAUUUCAGCAUACUAUCAGCAGAAAGAGGCACGGCAAUCUAGAUUAGCCCAGAUAUUGUGCAAUAUUUGUGCUAACAUAAAGGUUGAAGGUUGA